AUGGCGACCUCCAAGGACGACAGCGAGUACCGGCAAUACCUGCCGGACCUGAGCAUCCCGCGGUUCACGACCAUGGCUCAGCAGGACGCGCACGUCUACGCCACCGCGUUCAAGGAGUCCGGGAUCCCGCCGUGGCUGCACGCGCUGUACCUGCACUGGCUGGAGCUGCUCAAGGAGCCGUUCCGGGGCGUGACCAACGACGGGGUCGUGCGACCUGGCCUAUUCAAGAUCCAGGACGAAGGCAUUCCCAUCGAGAAGAUCGUCGCGGCGACGCAAGCCCUCACGCGACAACUGACCCCGGCCCAGCUGGUCAAAUUGUCGCACCACAUCGACUCGCCCGAGUGGCGCACCUGGUCGAAUCCAGAGUUUCUGCUGAGCGAUAAGGGCAUCCGUUUGGACGAGCUCACGCCAGAAGUAAGGGAUAGCGUCAUGGCCGUGCUCCGCGCCACGCUGUCCCCGGAGGGCUACGACAAGGCCGUGUCGGCGAUGCGCAUCAACGGGUUCCUAGGCGAGCUUGUCAAGGGAGAGGCCGUGAUGAACGAGUACUCGUACAAUUUCGUGCUGUUUGGCGAACCCUCGACCACUGCGCCCUGGGGGUUCAGCUUCUACGGCCACCACCUGUGUCUGAACAUCUUCCUGUACCGCACGCAGAUGCUUGCGUCGCCGUGGUUCACGGGCGCGGAACCCAACAUCAUCGACGACGGCCCCUACAAGGGCACGCGGAUCCUGCACGAGGAAGAACGCCUCGGUUUGAAACUAAUGCAAUCCCUCCCGGCCGACCAACAACACAAAGCCCAGAUAUUCUCCCAGAUGAAAGACCCAGCCAUGCCCGAGGGGCGGUGGAACCACGACGACCAACGCCACCUGUGCGGCGCGUACCGCGACAACCGCAUCGUCCCCUACGAAGGCAUCCCCGUCUCGUCCCUCUCCGACGCCCAAAAAUCCCUAAUCGACCAGAUCCUCACACAAUACCUGCUCUACCUGCCCCAACCGGCCCGCUCCAUCCGUCUAGACCACUUCCGGGAGUUUUACAACGAGACGCACUUUUGCUGGAUCGGCGGCUUUGGGGAGAGUGACCCGUUCUAUUUCCGCAUUCAGUCCCCCGUCGUGUUGGUCGAGUUUGAUCACCAUAGUGGUGUGUUUUUGAACAACAAGGAGCCCGCGAAGUUUCAUAUCCAUACGCUCCUGAGGACGCCGAAUGGGGGCGAUUACGGGUAUGCGUUGAGGCCGCUGUGCGAGCCGAGUGUUAGGCAGGAGUUUGUGUGGAAGGGGGAUAGGGAGUGA